CGAUCAUUCUUUAUCAAAAACUCACUAUUACUUUGGUAUUCAUAGAUAUAUUCAUUAAUAUAAAUUUCCGGUUAUUAAUUCUUUGAGUUCCUUCUUGUGCGAUUCCCAAUUCUUUAUUUGAUUGUUAGAAGAAAUUAUUGUGAAUUUCUUGCCUACACAAUUUGGCGCCCACCGUGGGGCAUCGUGCAAGAAAAAGAUCAAUUUUGGAAGGAACGAAUCAAUUGUUGAUUGAAUUCCAUGAGCAAUUAGAGACGGUCAGGGAAGAAAUCCGGCAAGAGAUGGCGGAGAAGAUGGCCCAUCUUCAACCGGAGAACGACGUGCUUCGAUCCCAGGUGCAGUCGGCGGUAUCAAUAGCUUCAAAUUCAAGACUCCACCGGAGGAGUGACACUAUGACUGUCGCAACAAGGCUGAAUCUCGGUUUCUGCCCAGCUGCGACGGAUCCACCUGAAGCGUCGACAGAUCCACCAGCAAUGUCGACGGAUCCAAUCUCCCUCACGCUAGGCCAGUCGCCAACACCGACCGGAGAGCCAUACUCGACGGUCAUAUCGCAGGUUAUUCCUUACACGCCUCUUGUCCUAGCGGCUACUAUACUCCACCAGCCAAUAUUCCGGCUUGUUUUUUCCGGAAUCCCUUCGGGUCAGAUCAAACGGGUCCGGCCUAUAUUCGGCGACCCAGAGCAUGCCUAUGACGACUCUGUCCUCUACCCCGACAGAACCUUCAAUUCCUCAUUACAGGAGCAGAACCUGUGGGGAUCCCGGUCUGUCCAAUUUCAUGUCUUCGACGGGUAAGACCUCAGUCUCGGCAGAACCGUCAACUCCUCACUAUAGAAAUAGAACAUGCAUGGAUCUUGGUCCGUCAAGCUUCAUGCAAGAUGCCAGACGUAACGGGCCUAGUGUGUCAUUUCUGGAGCUUCAGACGCAAUGCUUUGGCAGACCUGACACUACAUCAGCGCCCGCGUUACCUGAACGACGCCCUGAGGUAAUAUUCAUUCUGUCACCGACCCGACCUAAAGUCACCCAAAUGGUCAGACCAAUGACUUCGACUCGAGUACCAACUCACCCAGUCGUGGCAGAUCAAAUGUCCAUGAUGAUGGAAUUGAACAAAUGCGUCAGAUGCAAGAUAAGAUCAACGGAUUGCCAGGGGUACCCCCACCCUUGGACAGAGCGUCAAGGACAUGUUACGAAGAGUCUCCAUUUAACAGACGGAUUACCGAAGUCGGGAUACCCAGAAAGUUCAUCGCCCCUUCCAUGAAAAUAUUUGACGGUACGUCUGAUCCGGGGGAACAUGUUGCCCAAUACAAGCAACAUAUGAUGGCCAUGUCACUUCAUCUAGAUCAAAGGGAAGCAUGCAUGUGCAGAGGAUUUGGAGGGACACUUUCAGGACCAGCUCUAAGCUGGUUCGUCAACUUGCCAAAUGAGGUGAUCAAUUCAUUUGCAGAACUCGUCGACUUGUUUAACCAACAAUUCGCAAGUAGUCGCGUUCUGGAGAAACGAACAAGUGAUCUAUACAGAGUUGUUCAAUGACGAGGCGAAUCAUUAAGGGACUAUCUUCAUCGUUUCAACAAGGAGAAGGUGUCGAUCCCAAAAUGUGACGUCUAUACCGUCAUUGAAGCAUUCAGAAGAGGUUUAUAUGAAGAUUCAGAGCUAUACCGAGAACUGACAAAAUACCCUUGUCGAUCCUUCGAAGAUGUCCAAGCAAAAGCGUUGGCUUUCAUCCGUCUAGAAGAAGACUUACGAUCCCGUCGUGGACAUGUUGAGCAUGAAUGGGGGCACGGGAAAUCAGAAUCUCCUAGGAGGCAUGAUUACAAGUUUGAUCCCGAGGAACGAGUCAUCAUUCCAUGACGAGAUGAACAGGACAAAGUGAUUGAUAUCUCAGACGGGGGGCACAUCGUCCAAUGAUAGACAUAUUCUAAAGAGCUGCAAUACGAAGACUAAACAAGGCGUCAGGUCAAGCGGAGCACCACCAGUAAGUUACUUUGAUGCUUCACAUUUCUUUGUAAGUUUAGAAACCAACGACGUAUCGAGUGCAACGAAUCUGUCAAGGCGUCGUAAUGAAAGUUGACAAUGUCAACCUGUAUGUCUCUUUGAAGCUUUGUCUUGUUUACUGACUUGAUCCUGGGCAGAACAUUGACUUUAAUCUCAAACAACUUUUCUCAUUAUUUAAAUUGAAUUUAAUAAGCUCUUGAUUCAUUUAAAAAGUGUUCUAUAGCUAUCUUGUUUAAGAAAGUUGUGACGUGCUGAGUGUAAAGUUUAUAUCUCUUCCUAAAGAUUGGUUUAUCACUUUACUGACUUAACCAUCGGAGGGCCGUUGGCCCAAAGCCAACGGCCAGCUUUGACGGUUUGUAAUGAGUGCAGGACUAUCUUAAGACAAGCAAUUGUUGGGCAAUUCGCGAAGGCUGGAAAGCGUCAAUCACGCUUUUACCAGCUGGGCACUCUACACAGACAUCAAAAUGGGAAAGGGCUGGGCUGCCCAUGAGAAUAUCUCAUGGAUCACAGUCCCAGCUGGCCCUUGCGACAUAUAUACUUUGGCCAAAACCUACACACGUAUAUGACGACGCACGUGCAACCAAAACAUAUAUGACAACACACGUGCAACCAAAACAUAUAUGACAACAUGCGUACAACAAAUAAUACAGAACUACAUAACAGAAACAAUGCUCCAACAUAAGGAGAUAGUGCAAACGAAAAACAUAACACUAUUUAAAGUUUUUGCAGGAUAUGGACCAAAUUCGCACAACCCAUCUCGUCAUCUUCAACGAAGGAUGAUGAUCCCUUUGUCAACUGAAGUGUCGACAUCAACCUAGACGAAGUUUCAUCUCGUCAGCACUGACUAGUUAUGAUUCAUUAGCACAAUUUGAAGAAAGAGGAUAUGAGAUCAGCCUUCGUUUUUCGUCGCUUCAGUCAAAGAGACGGAUUCGAUCAAAAAUUACUUGCAAGGAAAGUGACAAGUUGACAGAAACGUCUUAUCUGAAGAUUGACGGGUUGACGAAAGCUUUUUGCCGGACGAGUGACUGGUUGAUAGAAGCGUCUCCUCAUACAAAUGAUGAAUUGACAGAAGUCGUCUCGUCAGACGAGCGACGAGUUGAAGAAUGCAUCUCGCCAGAUAAAUGACGGAUCGAUAGAAACGUCUUGUCAUUCGAGUGACGGGUUGACAACAUGUCUUGUCAAACUGGUGACGAGUUGACAUGUGCAAUAUUUGAGGAGGACAAGUGUAGUUUCUUUCAAGAUUUCGAAAAGUUGAUGCUUGACGGAUUGAUGUGUGC